UUCAUGCUUUGUUUAUACUCCCGGAUUGACGUUUGGGGACGGGAAACACAGUCUUUCUCGGCAGCUUUUCAUGGUGGGAUUAUUAAUUUAUUUCAUUUGUUAGUUUCAAUUGGUCGGGCUCGGGGAGCCCUCUGUCACAGGAUGUGCUUAAGGUGACACAUUUGCCAGCAGUUGGGACACAUGAUUGCACAUGUAAAAUGGGCUUCAGCCCAAGGGUCUGUUCUGCCGGGAGCUCCCAUGUGGAGCUGUUGUAGGCAGGGUGCGACGGGCUCAUUGAAGAAAAAGGAAAUCAUUUUCCUUAGCUAAGGAAGACAUCCUGUUAUAUUCCUUUUGUUCCCAGUUUUUCAUUGAUCGCCAGCUCUGCCUUAGAGAAGGGCGAUCGCAGAGCUGGGAAGAUUUGCACAAACGACUACAGCCCACUCUUCCCUCGCACUGAUUGGUCAGUUCCAUGGGGACUUAGGAAAACAGUCACCCCCAAACCUUCUUUGAAAAUCGUGCUGUAAUUUCAGACGUGCCUUCUCGUGCCCAGAUCUCUGCAAGCUUGAUGUUGAAAUCGCGUGCAGUUUGCUUGAGUUGGAAGCUGACCCAGCUAGGAGGAUUCCAGGGCCGGUAGUUUACUUGGGAGACGAUUCCGGGAAGAUACCAGCAGGGGGCGCGAGUGGGAGCCGGGACGCCAAUGCCACUAGACGUGUCAUCUCCGAGAAGACCAGUGUUCUCUUGACCAUGGAGGCCUCUCUGUCCUUUCUGUGACUGGAGCAAUGGUGACCUCGGUUUCCUGGACCCAUUCUGACUCAGGAGCCUUCACGUAAAUGGGUCCAGUCAUGCCUCCCAGUAAGAAGCCAGAAAGCUCAGGAAUUAGCGUCUCGAGUGGGCUGAGUCAGUGUUACCGGGGCAGCAGCUUCUCCAAGGCCCUGCAGGAAGACGAUGACCUCGAUUUUUCUCUGCCUGACAUCCGAUUAGAGGAGGGGGCCAUGGAAGAUGAAGAGCUGACCAACCUGAACUGGCUGCACGAGAGCAAGAACUUGCUAAAGAGCUUUGGGGACUCCGUCCUGAGGAGCGUCAGCCCCGUCCAGGACCUGGACGACGACACGCCCCCGUCCCCCGCCCACUCUGACAUGCCCUACGAUGCCAGGCAGAACCCCAACUGCAAGCCCCCCUACUCCUUCAGCUGCCUCAUAUUUAUGGCCAUCGAGGACUCUCCAACCAAGCGCCUGCCAGUGAAGGAUAUCUACAACUGGAUCUUGGAACAUUUUCCGUAUUUUGCGAACGCACCUACUGGGUGGAAAAACUCAGUGAGACAUAAUUUGUCAUUGAACAAGUGUUUUAAGAAAGUGGACAAAGAGAGGAGUCAGAGUAUCGGGAAGGGGUCAUUGUGGUGCAUAGACCCAGAGUAUAGACAAAAUCUAAUUCAGGCUUUGAAAAAGACACCUUAUCACUCACACUCGAAUGUGUUCAAUACACCUCCCGCCUCUCCUCAGGCAUAUCAAAGCACAUCAGGUCCACCCAUCUGGCCAGGCAGCACCUUCUUCAAGAGAAAUGGAGCCCUUCUCCAAGAUCCUGACAUUGAUGCUGCCAGUGCCAUGAUGCUUUUGAAUACUCCCCCUGAGAUACAAGCAGGUUUUCCUCCAGGAGUGAUACAAAACGGAGCGCGGGUUCUGAGCCGAGGCCUGUUUCCCGGAGUCCGGCCGUUGCCCAUCACUCCCAUCGGAAUGACAGCAGCCGUGAGGAACGGCCUCACCAGCUGCCGGAUGCGGACUGAGAGCGAGCCGUCGUGUGGCUCGCCGGUGGUCAGCGGAGACCCCAAGGAGGAUCACAACUACAGCAGUGCCAAGUCCUCCCACGCCAGGAGCACCUCGCCCGCCAGCGACUGUGUCUCCUCCUCCUCGGCCGAUGACCACUACGAGUUUGCCACCAAGGGGAGCCAGGAGGGCAGCGAGGGCAGCUUCCAGAGCCACGAGAGCCACAGUGAGACGGAGGAAGACGACAGGAAACGCAGCCCGAAGGAGGCCAAGGAUGCUCUGGGGGACAGCGGCUACGCGUCCCAGCACAAGAAGCGCCAGCACUUCGCCAAGGCGAGGAAGGUCCCCAGCGACACGCUGCCCCUCAAAAAGAGACGCACGGAAAAGCCCCCCGAGAGCGAUGACGAGGAGAUGAAAGAGGCGGCGGGGUCGCUCCUGCACUUGGCGGGGAUUCGGUCCUGUUUGAAUAACAUCACCAAUCGGACGGCAAAGGGGCAGAAAGAGCAAAAGGAAACCACAAAAAAUUAAAAACAAGUCACUGAUUUGUUUUGAACUUACGGCCAUUUGGUUUCAGCAUGUCAGGAGAUUUCUAAUGAUUUGUGGCAAUAUCAGCAAUUUGUUAUUUUUUCUUUUUUUCUUUUUUUUUGGUUUGGUUUUCUUUCUUUUCUUUCCUUUUUUUUUUUUUUUUUUUAAUUUGCCCCCCUCCUUUGUUUUGGACCCUUAAGAAUUUUAUGUUUAAAGGAGAUUGAAGCCAUAGAACUCAUGUCGACACUCAGCUGUUUUACAAAAGCUUUUCAUUAUCUGAAGACAAAACCGAAAAAGCCAAAAUUACCAUUGCUUCCUCCAGCUUGUCAGAACACCGUGGCUGAGUCCGCAGGGAUGGCAACCGUAAUGCCACGGGGAUACACAUCCUAGAAGGCACUGUGCAGAGUAACCAUCGAUCAGGCCCAACCUUUAGGUUUAAAAGGUCAGGAUGUCCACCCACUUGGGUUUGCUGAGUGAAUGCACAUAAGGAGAAAGAAAGACCCCUGGUCCCCCUGGGAGCAGACCCAAGCUCAUGCAGAGGGCAUUGAAUGGUGCCAGGAAAACCCUUGGCAUCGCCCCAGGAAUGCAGGGGGAGGGGGCAGGGCAGGGCAGUUACCAGGCCUCUGCGCUUCUUAACCGUGAAGCCUGGUAGCAUCUUCCGAGGUGGACACUGGACCAUUCGUGUUCACCAGGUUGUCAGUGACUCACGGGAAGAAACUGGGUCCGUUUUUAGUGAUGUUGCUGACCAAUUCUGUUCUAUAUUAAAUGAAGAGAAGGUUCCACAAGCCAUAAGCCUGAAGGUUGGUCCUGCACACCUGCGCGUGCAUGCAUGCACGCGCAUACACACACACACACACACACACACAGAUACAGGCACCCACCUAGACACACCACACGAGAGAGAAAAAAAAAAACUGAUGCAAAAAACAAGCGAUGUCUUCUUACUGCGCAAGUGAAAAUCAAGUCCGGUAGCCGUUAGGGAAGGAAAUAAUGGUACAGAUCUUUUUCUGUCUGUCAGAACCAUUUGAUCCACGUGAACAUGAAACAAAAACAAAAAGUUCCGGAAGCUGCCAUUAGUAUUGUGGUGGAUUUUUAAAGAUAAAAGGCACAUUGAUGGACAAACUAAAACAUGGCAAAAAAGGAAAAAAACAAAAAACUCCUAUACUGCCCUCAAAAUGGAGUUUGCAAUUAAUGUCAGUCAGGAUUCAUCUUUGCAAAAAUCAAUGAUUUCCACAUUCAGCCAGUGUAGCCAGCAGAAAUUUCUGAUCCACAGUGCAUGGAAUUCCUUUGAAAAAAAAAAAAAAUCACAAAAACACAAACUUUUUUUUAUUCAAAAAUAACAAAGUUCUUGUAAGGUAAAUAAUGUAUUUAGCAUGAAGCAUGAAUUAUUUUCAUAUAAAUAUAGAAAAUAGAGAAAAGGCUAUGCCUCUAAUUUUUAAGCCCUUAGGCUUAGAGGUUCUUUUGGUUUUCUUCCUUUUUUUUUUUAAUUUCAUUGAAAUUUUCUUUCGUUGGUUUUUUUUUUUUUUUCCUUUUUUCCGAUUAUUUUGUUUUGGUUUUUUGAAGCAGGUGUUUAAGGUUUAACCUUCUUCAGGGACAAAUUCUGACUGUUGGGGAGCUUACUCUGCAAUACAAAAAAUAUCUUCAUGCUCUGGUAGGGCCUUGAUGGUGGAGCUGUGUACUGCCUUGUCUGCACUUCAGCCCCCGACCCCCUCUGAUUCUCUGUUGAAAAGUGUGUCCUUUCUCUUUGUCUGUACGUGUUUACCAUGACGCAAUAAUUUGAGGGCAAACUUAGUAGUGAGUGUGGAUGAUAGAAUCAAGAGAAUUAUGGGACGCUGACUUGAGAAAACCACGACAGUGAUUUGCUUCUAGGGAAAAGGCAGUGACUAAUUAUGCAAAUUUGCCAGGAGAAGGGGAAACACACGAAUGGGCCUUAUUGGAUGAGGGUGUGAGUUAGGUACACGUGAAGGAGGAAGUGACACGGGUGUGAGAAGGCCCCAUCCCAGCCGUCUUCCCGCGACGCCCUCUCUCGGUGGGAAGAAGGGGCCCCGCCGUCUCUACCGCCUCGGUGCAGGAACCAGCGUGGAAUUAAGCCCACCUAGACUGUAAGAGGUGAAUUUAGACAACUAGGUGAUGUCACGGAGGCCAGAACCUCCUCUGUUAUCUUUGCCUAAAAGAAACUAUCUGGGGAGAUCCAGAGAAACCUCUAAAAGAAUUUGAUCUUCCACCCACAGGGAAGGGAAUUUUAAAACACAAACAAAAACACCCACUCCCGUGGCUCAGGAUACGAUGGGGAGGGGGACGGAGGGAACCGGGGUGAUCUGGAUUUUAAAACCAGGGCUGUGUGGGCCAUCGUGGGGCCCAUCCGCCAGCGCCCGGCACUGUUAGAAGCUCCAUCAGCCAGGACAGUGGGAAUUAACUGGUGCAUUAACUCCCCCUGAGUUGCUGUUCAGAGAACCUGGGGGAAUAAAAAACUACACCCAUACACGGGUCAGAUUUAUUACCUGAACCUGAGUACUUCCAGCAUUACUUGUUCGGGUGUAGACAGGAAUAAGGGUGUCUUUUUUGAAGUGCUUUGUGCCCUCCGUCUCCCCAAGCAUCUGACACCCCCAAAAGCCAUCCACAGCCGUGCAACCUGAGCAACACUUUGACCCGGUGUUGUCACCUGACCAAGCCCACCUCCGUCCCCACCCCCAAGAUCAAGUUCAGACUCCUCCUGAGAGGCAGAGGUAAAGGCCCAGGGCUGUUUCUGGCAGGGGAUUUCGUCCAGUUCAAACCCCCACAGUGGGCUGUCUCCCCUCAUUUCCUUUCUCUAAAGGAGCAAAGGCCUCUUUUAGAAAAUAAUAAAAUGCAAUGUGUGUGAUUUACUUUACUGAUCUCUUUGAGAAAUAGAUAAAUAUCUUAUAAAAGUGUGUUCUUAACUCCAGAACCACUCUUUUUGCAUAAAUACCUCAUCGGGCAGCUUUCUAAGUGUUAUUUUCCUGAGUCUCCCUCAGUCCCUUUGGAGGAGCCGCUGGGAGACGUCGGGGGAACUUUAGUGAGGGUACUUUUUUCUAUUUUUCUUCUGUUUUUGGAGGCAUACACAUUAUGCAUAACCAAAACAAUGGCUCAAUUGUGUUUAACUUUGUAUUUUGAUUGUUGAGGAAAAAAAAAAAAGUAAUUGAUGUGUAUGUGGCCGUUGGUAGUGACUUCAUUGCCGAAUGAGGUUGGCCAUGCCCUUGCCAAGCCAAGGGGCAGGCGGCACCCUCUCGCAACCCCUCCUCCAAGAGCAGUAGAGAAUUUAAGCACAAGCCUCUUUGUGAAAGAAUAUUUUGCUCAAGUGUAAUUCACUUUAGUCUUGGAAUUUCUUCCCAAACGUCAGGUGUUCUUUUAGCUUCCAAACUAGCCUGUGUAUUCAUUAGUCUUGACAAAAUCGCCUGUGCACCGGUCAAGGGGUGUGGUGUUUUUGCUUUCACUUCUCCGGCAGGGAGAAGUGGCAUUUCAUGUGUCAUUGCAGUAACUCACAUACUCACGUGGGGCGGUGGGUGGGUGGGUGGGGGGGGAAUGGGGAACUAUAGCAAUAUUUGAAGAUGCUCUGGAAAACAACCGUGAACACAUCAGCACCAUGACAUCUGCAGUUACUUGCUGUUGGUCCUCAGACACAUUUAAGAGAAAGAGACUGUAGCUCUUUUUUCUUAAAAUGAUAGACACAUAGACAGUUAUUUUUAUGCUACUACAAUUGUCUUUUAUCUUUACCUAGUACUAUGUGGCAAGGGUUUGCAUCAUAGAUUUUUUUCCCAGCCUUAUAAUAUACCGUAAGCUCCUACUCCCCCUCCCCCUCCCCCUCUCUAAUCAGUAUCCCUUCAAGAGUUCUUUGGUGAAACUGUCUCUGAAACUAAAAGGAAUCCAAUCCACAUCUCGGUGGUUUGAGAUAACCACGGCCAAGACAGCGGUGGAAGGUUUUAGUCUUGAGACUGAGCUUCUAAGAAGGGAGGUGUCAGAGGCUUUUCCCAAGAGCUGCUUUGUUUCUGGGAGAGGCGUCCAGCGUGCCUGGCUCUUGCUGGACAUGGCUUGCAAUGCCACAGGGCCUCCCGGGGGGGAACCAUCGCCCAGAACGGCCGUCUUUCCUGGGGGACAGCUGCAGGCUGUGGGCUCUGGUGCAGGAGAACCUGUCCAGGUGGCUUUUGUGCCCAGCUCCGUCCUGGGACGCAGCAGGACUGCUCCCCAUCACAGAUACCCCCACUCCACGUGGGUGGACCCUCUGCCUCUCUCACUCAUCGAAGGGCUCUCGGAGAAGGAAUCAGAGUUAGGUAUCAAGCGACCUCUGUUGGGAGAGUUUUCCAUGUGGGAUUGAAUUCAAUUCAAUGUGACUCCUCUUUCCCUUUAAACUUGAUUCAGGUUGGGACUCUUGUUUCUUUCUGGUGGAUCACAGCUGCCCAGAUGUUGCCAUUUGAUUCUUUCUGUUUCUGUAGAGGAGUAUUUUCCUUUCGUCUUCAGGAUUUCUUUUUUCUUUUCUUUUCUUUUUUUUUUUUUUUUGCCACCAAAAGAACACAUUUGAACUCCGUGUCCCCUCUUGAUUGUGACUUAACCCGUGUUGACAGUUAAACCCUUCGUGUCGUUAAGUCCCAGCUCCAGUACUAUAUCAAACACUGUUAUGCACAUAAUGCAGCACUGUGAUCUAAUUUAAAUAAUACUUUUUUAUUAUUUAUACUACUAUAUAUAAUAGACAUCAACACUUUUGCUAUAUAACCUAAGUGAUAUCUUUUUAGUUACCUGCCAAAACUUGGGACUUUGGUUUAUAUCUGCAGUUAACAAGGUUACAAAGUUGUAAUGGUGUCUUCUUUUUUUUUUUUUCCUCUUUGUAACGAAAUGUGUAAAUCACAGUAUAGACAUUGUGUGGUGUUCCCGUUUCUGGAGUCCCAUGAGGAUUUACACAUGGCAUUCAGUGUUCUGUAUAGACCCACCUGCCUUUGUGACUUCAUCUGUUAAUUCCCCGUCCUUUGAGAGAACACCUGUGAUGGUGGUGGACCCCUGUUCUCUCUCUCUCUCUCUCUCUCUCUCUCUCUCUCUCUCUCUCUCUCUCUCUCUCUCCUACUGGUUAUUCUUGAAUUAAGCACAGACUCAUCAGCUCCGUUGCUUUAUCAUGAAUAAUGCGUGUGACCUUGCGAUUCUUCCACAGUUCGGCAAACAAGUGCUAGCUUCACUGACCAAAAAUUAAGGAAGGAAAAUCCGAUUUUUAAAACAAUCCAUCUUUUAACGGCCGAAACCAAUGUGUCUAUGGUGCUGCAUUUUGCUGUCUGUCCUACUUUUGAAAUCAGACCUGGGUGAAAGAUCACUUCUGACUUAACUGUGAUAAUGCUCACAAGUACCCUUCUUGUUCGUUUUGUUAGUGUUGAAAUCAAGACUAUUUAUUUGGAAUAUCUAUAACAGUGUUUUCCACUGUGUUUCAUUUGCAAAAGUUGAGAACAGCCUUCCCUACUUUUUGCAAAGAAUUAAUAUUCCAUAUUGGAUUCGCGAAGACUUCGAUAUGGGGAAUCUAUCCAACCUAGCAAUUGUCUUUCAUCCUUUCAUGACUCUGGCCUGAGUUCACAACCCCUCCCUUCUUUUCGAUGAAACUCUUAGCACCAUUUCAGUUAUUUAAGCAUCUUCAGCCUUUCUUGAGUAUGUAUGUUGAGCCGUCGGCGCACACAGCUGAUUCAGUAACCAGUUUCCUGCUGUCAUUCACCCUCGCUACUUAUACUGCCAUGGUGACGAUGUGGAGGAAACGAGUGUCUGUGUGUCUCUGGGAAGCAUUAUACACUUGUUCAUUUUUUAUACUCUGAUGCUGUAACAUUUCUGAGUUCUGUUUGUGUUUUACAGAAAACGAAAUAACAGUGAUAAAGCAAUCAGAAGACAAGAGGUUUACUGUCAUCCUUAGGGUCGUCUGACCUCUGGCCAAUAGACCGACAUGGCCAAAUUCAUUUACGAGAGUAAUAAGUUUUCAAAAGCCAAUUUUUUUUUUCUUUCUGUAUGAAACUGCCAAUAUCAUGACUAGAAAGGGAGACCCAUAGAGGAGAAAGGAAAGUGAUGCUCAGUUGCAUUUGUGUUACUAACGGAGCAGUGUGGACGCAGGCACGAUCAGCCGAACUCUAGGGACCUGAUGGUGUUGCUUUGGAGGCAUCCAUACUUGCAUUUCACAUUCUUCAUAUGUAAUCAUAUUGCCAAAGACAAACUAUUUCAUCAUUUAUUGUAAAUAACACUUUUCCCCAGACCUACCAUAAAGUUUCUGUGAUGUAUUGUCUUCCAGUUGCAAUAAAAAUUACUGAGUUGCAUCAA